AUGGUCUGCGUGCUCCAUUCCAACGUCGGGCAAGAAUGCUUUCCCUCAUCUGCCGACUGGAAAAAGUUUUGGGAGCUUGAAAACAUUGGUAUUGUGGACGACCUCGAGCAUCCGCACAAUAACUCUGUCUUGAAUGUUUUCAAGGGAUCUAUCGCAAGGAACGAGGAACGCUAUGAAGUGCGACUUCCCUGGAAGGCAACUAAAACUCCUUUGGACACGAAUUUCGAAGUAGCGAAGACUCGUUUGAAAAGGCUGCUCCGUCGACUAAGUGAAAACGAAGAGCUACUUCAUAAGUACGACAAAGCUAUACGUAGAUAUAUACAAGAUGGACACGCUGAACAAGUCCCCAUGAAGAGUGCAGAGUGCCCAGCGAUGACGUCUGAACGCAUUUAUUACAUGCCGCAUCGCGAAGUUAUCAAGGAGCAGUCGUCGUCGACCAAAAUUCGGAUCGUUUUCGACGCGUCGUCUCACGCCCGCGCUUGCACUUCACUGAACGACCACUUAGAAAAGGGUCCUAAGCUGCACCCAGAUCUUCUAGACGUUCUCGUACGCUUCCGGAUGAAAUCCAUAGGAAUUACCGGAGAUAUCCAGAAAGCUUAUCUACAGAUAGGAGUUAAAGAAGAGGAUAGAGACUCACUCCGUUUCCUAUGGUUCGACGAAAUUUCACCGCACUCAGCUACCACAGGAAAUAUUGUAGAGUGGCGCAUGACCAGAGUGCCGUUUGGUACCACCGCGAGUGCGUUCCUGCUUUCUGCCACUCUCAAUCAUCAUUUUGCCAAUACGGGGCAGCGUUUCAAACGGACUGCAGAAAUGAUGAUGAAGUCCUUUUACAUGGAUGAUCUUGUUUUCGGAGCCGAUUCUGCUGUGGACGCUUUACAGCUAUACAAUGAAGCAAGAAUUAUCUUGAGCAGUGCGAAAAUGGAGUUGAGGAAAUGGUCGUCAAAUUCUCCAGAGCUACGAGAAAAGUUCCAACAAGACGGGGUAAGCGCCCCUACCCAGCCAUUCAAUUCCAAAAUAAAGGUCCUCGGAAUAGUGUGGAACACACAGGACGAUUGUCUAGCAGUCGACAUCGAGGGCAUCCUAAGUUCUGUUUCAAAAAACGGCCAAACAAAGAGAGCGGUGCUACAAACUCUUGCAAGGAUUUUUGACCCUCUGGGACUGCUGAAUCUAUUCACCAUAGGAGCGAAGACACUAUUUCAAGAUCUGUGGAAACAUGAAGUGGAUUGGGACGAGAAGAUACCAGAGGCCUUCAUCGACGUCUGCGAGAGCUGGUGUCAACAGAUUUCGAGUAUAUCGGAUGUGGAGGUACCUCGUUGCAUUUCCACCCCAGGAGGAAGUUACUGUCAAGUUCGCGUGUUCUGCGACGCGAGCAAACGUGCUUACGGUUGUGCAGCCUACUUACGCUGGGUGAAUGACAAAGGAGAUUCUACAGCUAGAAUCAUUUGCUCUAAGGCACGGGUCUCACCCUUGAAGGAGUUAACAUUACCCCGGCUGGAACUCAUGGCUGCUGUGAUUGGAAUCAGAAUGCUGACCUACCUCCAGAGGGUAUUCGCUUUCCACCUUGAGUAUCGCAUGUGGAGUGAUUCAUCGAUAGUUCUAACCUGGAUUAAGCGUUCCAGUAGGGACUGGAAGACUUUUGUUGCAAAUCGGGUGCAAGAAAUUCAGUUCAGCAGCGACACCCGUUUGUGGAGGCAUUGUCCCAGUGCUGACAAUCCCGCAGACUUAUUAACACGCGGGAUAUCCGUAAAGAAGCUGGCGUCAUCCGAUCUAUGGUGGAGAGGCCCGUCAUGGCUCUCUGAGGAUACGACAUGCUGGCCUGACUUACUUGGAGAACCAGAGGACGAAGCCGCUCUCAACGAAAGAAUGCCAUGCACUGCUAACGUAUUCCUUGUCAGCUCGGUGUCGCCUAUCCUUGACCUUGAACGUUUCAGUAAGUUAUCUAAAGGUACAACGACUGCACUUACGGCGGAGGAGAUACGCCAUGCAGAGUUGUUCUGGGUCAAAGUAAUACAAAAUUCUGCGUUCGAGGAAGAAAUCUCAAUUCUUCAACGUAAAGAAGACAUUCCACCUUCCUCUCGAAUACAGCAGUUGCAUCCAUACCUCGAUGACGAGUCUGUGCUACGCCUUCAAGGACGCCUGCAAGAAUCCGAUCUAGAAGAAGAUCGGAAACACCCGAUCCUUUUGCCACAUAACCAUCGCUUCGUAGAUUUACUAGCAAUGGAAACCCACCUUCGUCUCCUACACAGCGGAGUAAACGCCAUGCUUGUGGAACUGCGAGAGCAUAACUGGAUACUACGAGCACGAUCGUUGAUCAAGAGGAUCGUUCAUCGAUGUGGACGUUGUCAAAGACUUCGUUUAAAGCCGUUGUCCGCGCCGGUUGCUCCACUUCCUAAAGAUCGUGUCUGUAAAACAAGUCCAUUUGGCAUCGUCGGUGUUGAUUUUGCCGGGCCACUGUACGCAAAAGAAAAGGCUCAAAAUGUGAAGGUGUAUAUAGCACUUUUCACGUGCGCGAUAACUAGGGCAGUGCACCUGGAACUGGUUCAAAAUAUCUCCACUUCGUCCUUUUUACUUGCAUUGCGCCGUUUCAUCGCCCACAGGGGGAUUCCCGAAGUGAUAUAUUCGGACAAUGCUGCGAGCUUCAAGCGAGCAUCCAAAGAACUGCAAGGUUUCUCGGAAGUGGCCGCUCAACCACAAGUACAAGACCACGCAGCCUCCCACCGCAUUCGCUGGAAAUUCAUUAUCGAGCGAGCAGCUUGGUGGAGAGGCUGGUGGGAACGAAUGAUAGGAGGAGUCAAAGCAGUAUUGCGCAGAACUUUAGGGCGAGCCUCACUUACCUCGGAAGAGCUAGCUACACUUUUGACAGAAGCUGAAGCAGUGAUUAAUUCGCGGCCAAUUAUCUAUGCGGAUGCGGACGACAAUGACAACGUGCUAACCCCUGCCCAUUUUUUGAUUGGAAAGCGGCUGACCUGUUUGCCUUACUCUUCAGCACCGACGGCCUCUGUUGCUACCUACAGUGGGUCCGACUACCGACGCAGAAGAAAGUAUCACCAGCAUCUGAACAACAUUUUUUGGAAGAAGUGGACCGAUGCUUAUCUUUCUGACUUACGUGCUGCAUACAAGUUCCCACAGAAAAAGGGGAAUACAGUAAAGGAGGGGGACGUAGUGGUGGUGCACGACGAGCGACGCCCCAAGUACUUUUGGAAGUUGGGAACCGUUAAGGCAAUUUUCCCUGGUCGUGAUGGGAACACUCGUGCUUGUACUGUUAAAUUGGCCGAUGGGUCAGAGUUGCGACGACCCGUGCAGCUUUUAUACCCCUUGGAAAUGAGCUAA